GCUACGCAAACACAAAGUGAUUUAACAAAUCAGAAACAUUACUCAGCUUUCUCAGUAGCUAGACUAAUUUAUUAGAGUUGUCAAGUCACUGAUAAUGUGUUUGUUCAGAAGCAUAGGAUGCUCUGAGACUUUGAGUUUAGAACCCUUUCCCAACACACGCUAACAAUAUUUACUCCUAUUUUAAUUCUCUUUACAUUUGUCUUGUCUAAUAAUUUGUCUUUAUAAAGCAACUUAUACAACGCUCAUUCUUCAUCCAAUAGACAACUUUCUUUACAUGCCCAAUUUUCCCUUCAAAAUAUUCACAACUUAUACAACUCUGAAUCUUGUUCCACCAUGUUUCUAUUUAGGUAACAAUUUGAUGCGCAGUUUCUCUUUAACUGUUAAAGAUAUGAUAUUCUCGAUGAUAAAUUUUGUUGCAUCGGUAUCUACAAUGCACUUGGUCUUUGGAUCUACAUUGACAUUUCAACCGGCUGUGAUUUCUUUGAUUAAUACUCGUAAGUCACAAGUAAUCUGGCUAAAUCAUCACACAACGACUAUUGAGGCAAUAUUCAACAAAAAAACUACCAAACGUCUAUCGACCUUACUUUCUGAAGCAAGAAAAAAGGUCGCAAAGGAUCCAUCAAAACCACUACUCUGGCUCGCUGGUAAUUCAUACCCUCUCUUAUGCCUCAGAUGAGAAGAGGAAAAUUAUAAGGCAAAAUGUCGACAAGCAUCCUUGUACACUGAUGUAAGCUGCAAGUUGUUACCUUUUACAUCAAUAUCUUGAAUGUUUUCGGAACAUCCCAAAUGUUGACCUGAAAAUAUACUUAACAAGUAAGAUAAACCCUAUAUAGAAAUGAAAAUUAAUGUAUGACAAGCAUCCAUGUAUACUGAUGUAAGCCACAAGUAGUUACUUAGUGAUCCCUCAACUUCUUCGACUGAUCCAUCAAUUUCUUCGAUACUUUUGACACGUCUAUCAUUUCCAAGAAGAACAAAAACAACAGAAAUACUGAUGAAGCCAAUUGUGUAUGAGUACACUCUGGAGGUUUGAAAUCUGCCGGAACACUUCACCUUGAAUUCAUUCAACGUUUUGGUCGUCCACCCACCUUUCUGGAAAUGAAUGAAAUGAUGUACAAGUAUGCAGGUUCCGGUGAAUAAAUAGAGAUAUGAUGUUCUCGAUGAUGAUAAUUUUUAUUGUAUUGGUAUCUACAACUAACAUUCUGCGAUGGUCAUUGCUUUUAUAAAUGAUAUAAGGUGUGAUAUGAGGUUGUUGCUAUAUUUAGUCUAAAAAUAAAACAAUUGCCUAUACAAAAAAAUGAUUGUUUUAUACGACCGUUUAGA